AUGGUGGAUGCAGUGAGAGAGCUUGUGGAGAGAGGAAUGGAAGUUGGGCUUGUGAGGAGAGCGUUUAGAGAUGUGGAGAGGAUUGUGAAGAAACAAAAGGAAUGGUUUGGUAUGAGUGAAUUGAAACUCCUCAAGGGUCUUGUUCGGAGACUGUAUGAGAUCAAAGGCAUGAAAAUGGAAAGUAGAGUUGUGUUGUGGAGACUCAACGUGUUUGUGGGGAGAGAUGUGACUGAGCUGGCUAAAACGGUCCCUGAUAGUGAGGUUGGUUCGAUGAACGAGCCUGAGCUUGAAGAGGAUUAG